AUGAUCGUAUCAGAGUUUGUGCUGGUGCAUCAGAAAGAGACCUGGGAAGGAGCUCUGGAAUACUGUAGGAAUUAUUAUAAUGAUCUGGCAAGUCUGAGCACAAUGAACAGGAUGAAUUCUUCUUUACCAGAAAUCACAAAAGCUAAAACUGAAUACGUGUGGACUGGUCUGCGUUAUCUAGCAGGGGACUGGUUCUGGGUCACUGGAGAUGAUGUUAACUACACAGCCUGGUAUCAGAACGAACAGCCCCAGUGUCCUGCCAAAGACCUUCAUUGUGGAGCCCUGCACAAGCAAACAAAGCUUUGGACACACAGAAACUGUGAGGAGCAGCUCAACUUUGUUUGUCAGUAG